AUGACUGAGGUGAGACAAUAUCAGCUUUCCCCAACGAGCCUCAUUCCAAACUCGCCAAGACCAUUGCUACACUACAAGAAUGUCCUAGCCAGACCCAACCACUCUCACUGCGAUCCAGCUGAGGUUUGGGACAUGUUUACCCAGAAUGGAUGGGAUGUUCAGUGGAUCUUCCGAUAUGGUCCAACCCAACUAUCGCACUACCACUCCAAGGCACAUGAAUGUAUGGCAGUCCUUUCAGGAACCGCCCGUAUCAGAUUUGGUGUCGCCGACACCUCCGAGGAUCUGAUGAAAAAUACCUAUGGGUCAUCGUGGGAGGAUGGGGAAGUUGAAUUGAACGGCGAGGCUGGCGAUGUUUUUAUCAUCCCUGCGGGCGUGGCACACAAAACGUUCAACACUAAACCAGAAGCUGAAUUCCAACUCUUAACGCCGGGCACCGGGCACGGCAUCAAGGCCGACGAUCCGAAGAAAGCGUUGGCUGAUGUUCAGCUGUCCGGGUACACUAUGAUGGGGGCUUAUAGUGGGGGUGAAUGGGACUUUGUGAAAAGUGGAGGGAACUAUGAGAAAGUUUGGUCUGUACCCAAACCGCAAUAUGAUCCUGUGUUCGGGGACUCGGAGCGUGGUCUCUGUAAGACAUGGCGUGGGAGUGUCAAUACACAGUCUGUUCUCUGA